AGCAACCAAGUACUCGCUGCCUUUUGGUGUCAAGAUGUUGAGCUGGGUCCAGAAGGUGCUACCUCAGCCCCCAGGAACCCCUCAGAAGACCAAACUGGAGGAGAAGGCGGAAGGAGCAGAACCACAGCCCGAGCCAGAGCCAGAGCCAGAGCCGGAGGCGGAAUCAGAGCCAGAGUCUGAAACAGCCCCCAAGGAGGCCAUGCCAGAAGAGGAGCCCCUGCCCCUCAACGAGCCAGUCAAUGUGGAGGAAGUGGCUGCAGCUGACCCAGGCCUUCAGGAGAUCCACGAGGCUGCUCCUCCUCUGCCCACAGCCCUCCAGGCCCAGGUCACCAUGGCUCUAGACAGAAACAGCAGUCCCAGUGACUGGUUGCUGACCUGGCUAUGGAAGGGAGUGGAGAAGGUUGUGCCGCAGCCCACCUGCAGCAGCAGGGCAGUCCAGAACACCACUGCCAGAGUGGACAUCCCGGCUCAGGUACUGCUGGAGAACAGAUCCCAGGGCCCUGUGGUGCUGGGACACAGGCAGGGUCCAUGGCUGCUCAAGUGGCUUGAGCAAAAUCUGGAAAAGGUGCUACCUCAGCCCCCGAAACCCACCGAGGCCUGGGGAGCUGAGCCUGUGGAUGCUGUCUUGGGCCCAGAGUCUUCAGGACAACCCCUGGAGAUGGAGCCCACAGACAGCCCCUCCCUGCCCAGUCCUGACCCCCUGGAGCCUGAGGAGGAGCUGUCUCCAGACCUCCAGCCUGGCUUCCAAGCCUCCUCCCUGCCACCACCCAGGGACCCUGCCAGGUUGAUAGCGUGGCUCCUGCACAGGUUGGAAAUGGCUCUGCCACAGCCAGUGCUCCGCGAGAAAGCCGGAGAACAGCAGCCUGGCUCCCCUGGGACGUGUGACGUACAGACCAUCAGCAUCCUCCCCAUGGAGCAAGUGGAGCCUGACCUUGUCCUGGAAGAGGUGGACCCCCACUGGGAGGACACCGAGGAGGAUGGCAGUACCAGUCCACAGGAGACAGCAGUGGCUCCAGCUUUUGAAGAAGAGAAUGAAGCAGUGGUGGAGAUGCCCAGGGAGCUACCCCAGAUCCAAGUGGAGAAAGAAGAGGAGGAGGACACAGAGGAGGAGGACGAGGAAGAGGAGGAAGAGGAGGAAGAGGAGCCUCCCAAUGUCCUGCUGGAUAGCUGCUUGGUGGCACAGGCAAGUGGGGACCAGAGUGGAGUAGAGGAAACGCAGCCCCGGAAAGCCUCACAGCAGGAACUGCAGGAGGCCGAGGCCAGCAGCUCGGCAGAGAGGGAAGCCCUCCUGCACCCCACCCCUGUGCCACCUCCUCUCCAUGCUUACAGCUCUUCAGGCUCCUACCCGGACAGUGCUUCAUUCAAACAACCUGAGUUGUGGGACCAGGCGCCUUUCUUAGGGUCGUACCUCUGCCUGCCACCUGCUGGCUCCAGCACCAUGGCUAAACCAGGUCGGGACAUGGAGCUGAAUCGCCUGGUCCAGGACCAGCCACCUGGCCAGAUGGCCCCCAGGCCCGCCCCCCAAAACCUGGCAGAGCACCUCCCCAAUGUGCCCAGCUACCGUCCCUCGGUCACCCGCAUCCCUGUCCUCAUCUGCCGGAGAACGACCUUAUCCAACUCCAGCUUUGCCAAGGGGACCAGGAGCUCCAUCCGUUGCCUAGUGCCUGCCACCAGUGAGCACCCAGAAGUGCAGGUGGAAGACACAGAUGCCGACAGUCACCCCCUCAUCACUGAGGAGACGGCGCUCUCGCCCGUCCAGCUGCCAACUUCGCCUGCCAAAUCUGACACCCUCACGGUCCCCGGCUCGGCUGCCAGCACCCACAGGAAGAGGUUGCCCUCUCAGGAUGAUGAGGCUGAAGAGCUCAAGGCACUGUCUCCAUCUGAGUCCCCGGUGGUUGCGUGGUCGGACUCCACCACCCCACAGGAGGCUGAUGGCCAGGACCGCUCGGCCUCCUCUGCCAGCCAGAACAGCGCCAUCAUCAACGACCGGCUGCAGGAGCUGGUGAAGCUCUUCAAGGAGCGGACGGAGAAGGUGAAGGAGAAGCUCAUCGAUCCCGAUGUCACCUCAGACGAGGACAGCCCCAAACCCUCCCCAGCCAAGAAGGCCCCAGAGCCAGCCCCUGUUGCAAAGCCUGCUGAGGCAGAAGAGGAAGAGGAGCACUAUUGUGACAUGCUCUGCUGCAAGUUCAAACGCCGGCCCUGGAAGAAGUGCACAUUCCCCCAGAGCAUCGACCCACUGACCAACCUGAUGUAUAUCCUGUGGCUGUUCUUUGUGGUGAUGGCCUGGAACUGGAACUGCUGGCUGAUUCCAGUGCGCUGGGCCUUCCCCUACCAGACACCUGACAACAUCCACCUGUGGCUGCUUAUGGACUACCUGUGCGACUUCAUCUAUCUCCUGGACAUCGCUGUGUUCCAAAUGCGCCUGCAGUUUGUCAGAGGCGGGGACAUCAUUACUGACACAAAGGAGAUGCGAAAUAACUACCUGAAGUCUCGCCGAUUCAGGAUGGACCUGCUCUGCCUUCUGCCCUUGGAUUUUCUCUACUUGAAAUUCGGAGUGAACCCCCUCUUUCGCCUGCCCCGCUGUUUGAAGUACAUGGCCUUCUUCGAGUUUAACAACCGCCUGGAAGCCAUUCUCAGCAAAGCCUACGUUUACAGGGUCGUCAGGACUACCACCUACUUGCUGUACAGCUUGCACUUGAACUCCUGUCUUUAUUACUGGGCAUCGGCCUACGAGGGCAUUGGCUCCACUCACUGGGUCUAUGAUGGUGUGGGAAACAGUUACAUUCGCUGUUACUACUGGGCUGUGAAGACCCUCAUCACCAUCGGCGGGCUGCCAGACCCCCAGACGCUCUUUGAAAUUGUCUUCCAGCUGCUGAACUAUUUCACGGGUGUCUUCGCUUUCUCUGUGAUGAUUGGACAGAUGAGAGAUGUGGUGGGGGCUGCCACUGCAGGACAGACCUACUACCGCAGCUGCAUGGACAGCACGGUGAAGUAUAUGAACUUCUACAAGAUCCCCAAGUCCGUGCAGAACCGCGUCAAGACCUGGUAUGAGUAUACCUGGCACUCGCAAGGCAUGCUGGACGAGUCAGAGCUGAUGGUGCAGCUUCCAGACAAGAUGCGGCUGGACCUGGCCAUCGAUGUAAACUACGACAUUGUCAGCAAAGUGGCACUCUUUCAGGGCUGUGACCGGCAGAUGAUCUUCGACAUGCUGAAGAGGCUCCGCUCAGUUGUCUACCUGCCUAACGACUACGUGUGCAAGAAGGGGGAGAUCGGCCGUGAAAUGUAUAUCAUCCAGGCUGGACAGGCGCAGGUGCUGGGCGGCCCUGAUGGGAAGGCCGUGCUGGUGACGCUCAGAGCCGGCUCUGUGUUCGGAGAGAUAAGCUUGCUGGCGGUCGGGGGCGGGAACCGGCGCACGGCCAACGUGGUGGCUUAUGGCUUCACUAACCUCUUCAUCCUGGAUAAGAAGGACUUGAAUGAAAUUUUGGUGCAUUAUCCUGAGUCUCAGAAGUUACUCAGGAAGAAGGCCCGGCACAUGCUGAGAAGUAACAACAAGCCCAAGGAGGAGAAGAGCGUACUCAUCCUGCCCCCACGUGCCGGCACUCCCAAGCUCUUCAACGCGGCGCUCGCUUUGGCAGGAAAGAUGGGCACCAAGGGGGCCAAAGGUGGCAGGCUGGCCCAUCUCCGGGCCCGGCUCAAGGAACUGGCCGCCCUGGAGGCAGCUGCAAGACAGCAGCAAUUGCUGGAGCAGGCCAAGGCCGCGGGAGAGGCAGGCUCAGCCACGGAGGACCAGCCAGCCGCCCAGACCGGGGCCGCCCCGGGCCAGCCCGCGCCGCAGGAGCCCCAGGAGCCCCCAGCCCCCAGCGCUCCGCCGCCGGCCUCCUCCGGGAAGCCCGAGGGAGGCGGGGAGGAGGCAGCCGGGCCCUCGGAGCCCUCGGUGCGGAUCCGCAUGAGCCCGGGCCCAGAAUCCGGCGAGCAGACCCUGUCGGUGGAAAUACCCGAGGAGAAGAAGGAGGAGGUGGAGUGA